AUGUCGGCGUCGCCUCGAACCAAGUCCCAUGCGCUGCGCAGCGCCGUGUCGCCAGCUCGUCCGCCAAGCCUGGGCACCGACGACGGUAGUGGCGCCGGACUUCACCCGCUGUUGCGACCUGUCCUGCGGGCCAAACAGAAAAUCGUACCGCAGCGACCGCCGCUCAAGCCCGCGCUCGAGUACGAGAUGCCCAAGCCCGCGAGCCGCGGCGAAGGGGAUGCGCAGCGGCCUCGGAGCAGCGACACGUCCAACCAAAGCCGGCCACGCUCGUCAGGCCCCGAGGCAGGUGAUGUACUAGAUACUGCGAUGCGCGCCGAGACGACGAGCGAGAGUCCACGGCCGCUCCUUGCGAGUGAUCUGUAUUUCGAGCUACUCAAACAAGAGGAGAGCAAGCGCAUGUCGCCGCGGGUCACGCGCCAGCACAACCGGCACUUGUACCACGACAAGAUGCAGGCCAAGUACAGCGAGAUGCGCGUGCUUCGGGCGCGCAUCAAACAGCUCGAGACCGACUUGCAGAGUGGACAGACGACGACAACAGUCGCUGGCAAUGAGGGCGACGGAAGCCAAGCGAACGAUGCACCGGCGCCGUCGCCCGAAAAGCCGACGGACGUGCAUUUGCCGGUCGCGCGCGACCGCGUGCUCAAGCUCGAGCGUCACUUGCUCGAAGCCAAAGACGAGAUCCAAGCAAUGCGACUCAAGUUGGACUCGGGGCGCACGAACGACAAGGCACUCAUCGAUACGCUCGUGGCAAAACUGGACCUCGAGCGCGCGGCCAACAAGAUGCUGGGCCAAAAAGUGUUUGAGCUCGAGGCAGCGCUCAAGGUGGCGGUCACAAAGCUCACAAAGGUCGACCUCGAGCUGCAAUCAGAGCGCAUGGAACGGGACGUGAUGAUCGAGCAGCUGACGAGCAUGUCGCGCCAAGCCAUCUCGGACCACCGGCGCAAAGUCAUCAACACCAAAGUCAAAGGGCUCGUUUCCGCCAUGGGCAAGGAAACCCUUCAGGCCAAGCUCGAUGCGACGUCGGCCAAGCUCCAGUCCGUUGAGGGCAUGCUGCAAGAAAUGGAACUCGAGGCCAUUACGUGGAAGCGCGAGGCUAUGCAAAAACAAGCUACGCUGGACGAGUACGCCAAGCGAGGUCUCGUGUCCACAAGCAUGGCGCUCACCUCAGGAUCAACGCUGCAUCAGGUCGACCCCGCCAUUCCCAGGCUGCUCGAACACGCCCACGGAACCCCCGAUGUGGUUUUCAACGGCUCGUUUGUUGUCGACGGCCACUCGCUCUUCUUCCACGUCGUGCGAGAGCGCAUCACGCAGGGGUUGGCGCUGCACUUUGUUGCGUACGAGCCAAAGACUGCGCAAGAAGACGUCCUCACCUUCUUCGCGUCCGACAUUUCGCGGCUUGUUGUCGAUGGCGACAAGUACCUCUUGCAGCCCUCGGAGCCAUCGCUCAUCGCAGAGCUCGUGGACCGCCUAUUUCGCACGCUCGCUGUCGGCUUCAAGAACGGUUCCUUUGUGCUCGUCGAACGGGGCACCGCCGAGGCGUCUGCAGCUGCAAUGCCAGUGAGAACGACGCCGAUCUACCGCGGCUCGCUCCAUCUGCAAGGCACGCCCUUGACACUUGUUGUCAAUGAAGUGUGUGCUAGCGCGUUUACCGACGUGUGGUCGCUUCAAAUCUGUGCGAGCUCGGUCGAGGACGAGCGCGAGUAUGUCUGCAGCAUCGCGAUGGAGCACGUCCUUCGUGUCUGCCCGAGUCUUGUGAGCUACAAGCCAAACGACGCUCAGCAGUGGCGGCUCGGCCAUCGCAUCGAUGCCAACGCGCUCAUCUUAUCGCCGCUCUUCAAGACGCUCGUCUUGGCGCCGACGCUCGACGGGCAUGGCGCCUUGCUCUCGACGCUAACAAGCGCGACGCCACUUGUCGACGAUGGCAUCCCAGCAACGAACGAGCCGGCGAUGACGACAACGACGUCACGACCCCAUGCUCCCAAGGUACCUUCUGCAGCGGACCGGCCGCUCGUGCUGCGGACACUCCUUACGUUGCGAGGCACACUGUACUAUCUCACACUCCGCGAACUCUGGGACGCCAGCGUCCUCUUAGAAGUGUCGCUCUACGACUCGUUUACAGACAACAUUGUCCAAGCGACCUUUGACGUGCACGCGCUCCGCCCCGUGAUCCAAUGCGCGCUGGCUCUCCACCCCUAUCCACACCCGUUGACCCGCCUCGAGACGGGGCUUCCUCCACCGCUGCGCCCGGUCCUGGCGCAACUGCUUCCGAUGGCCCUGGACCUGCCCCCAUCGACACAGACGCUAACGCUGGCGCCAGCAACACUCGCUCGCAAUGUGGCAAUGACCAACACGGUGCUUCCAACGACCAUUGUGAUAGUCUCUCUUUCGGAGACGGAGAUGGCUCUGCUCGGCGUCCCGCAGCUGCCGCUGCGCAUCGAGGUAGUGACGCAAGGCGACUCGCUGGUCGAGGCUGCGCUCGGUCGACUACUGCCCCUGUUGCGCCGACACGGACCCCCCAUUGCACAUAGACUCUGCACUGGCGCCCACGUCCUCGUGCGCGUGUAUGAACCGUCGGCGGUCUCGAGCACGCGGGACAAGCCGUCGUUCUACCACGUCCUUCGGGCGACAAGGAUCGAUGAAGCGUGCACCUCGCAUUGGCUCGUCGUCCAGCGAGACUUGCCAUUGGCCUUUGUCUUGGGCCUCUGGCGUCCCUACCAGUCGUACUAG